CGAAUGGGAACCUGAAGUUCCUGGCCCCCUUCACUGGAUCCCACGGGUGCCCGUCCCUCCUCGGUGGAGUGAGGACAGACAGAGUCUCCUCCCACCUCAAGGUGCAUCGAUGCAUAAGAAAUUUCCACUCGAGGGCUUUCACAUUUUGCUUACUUGCGGGGACAGACAUCUGGAAUCAGGGGCCCUCCUCCAAAUACGCUCCAAAGAAGAACCCAGAGCCAGCCACAAGCUCAGCACUCGCCUGGACUUCCAAAGAGAACGAGAUCGGGGGCGUCGCUCUUCGAUUGCUUCUGCCUGGACGUCGAGCUGCGCGCUCAUGCGCCGGCUGCGAUUGGCGUUGCCUUGCGGCGGGGCGCGGAGGACGCCGGGAAGUCUGGCGGGCGGGAGGCGGCGGGAAUAGGCGGCGGGCCGUCGCACCAGCAGCGGGAGGCGGCAGGAUGGUGAAACUGACGGCGGAGUUGAUCGAGCAGGCGGCGCAGUACACCAACGCCGUGCGGGACCGCGAGCUGGACCUCCGGGGGUAUAAAAUUCCUGUCAUUGAAAAUCUAGGUGCUACCUUAGACCAGUUUGAUGCUAUUGAUUUUUCUGACAAUGAAAUCAGGAAACUGGAUGGUUUUCCUUUGUUGAGAAGACUGAAAACAUUAUUAGUGAACAACAAUAGAAUAUGCCGUAUAGGUGAGGGACUUGAUCAGGCUUUACCCUGUCUGACAGAACUCAUUCUCACCAACAACAGUCUUGUGGAACUGGGUGAUCUGGACCCUUUGGCAUCUCUCAAAUCACUGACUUACCUAAGUAUUCUGAGAAAUCCUGUCACAAAUAAGAAGCAUUACAGACUGUAUGUAAUUUAUAAAGUUCCGCAAGUCAGAGUACUGGAUUUCCAGAAGGUGAAACUAAAAGAGCGUCAGGAAGCAGAGAAAAUGUUCAAGGGCAAACGGGGUGCACAACUUGCAAAGGAUAUUGCCAGGAGAAGCAAAACUUUCAACCCAGGUGCUGGUUUGCCAACUGACAAAAAGAAAGGUGGGCCGUCUCCGGGGGAUGUAGAAGCAAUCAAGAAUGCUAUAGCAAAUGCGUCCACCCUGGCUGAAGUGGAGCGGCUGAAGGGCUUGCUACAGUCUGGUCAGAUACCUGGCCGGGAACGCAGAUCAGGCCCCACUGAUGAUGGUGAAGAGGAGAUGGAAGAAGACACAGUCCCAAAUGGGUCCUGAGCAAUGUGGCCUGAGUCCCUGCAGGAUGUAUAAUGCACCUCCUUGGGACAAGUCCUGCUUCUUGAACUUGGAAUAAUAGCCUUGUUUGGGUCAGCAAAGUGAAGUUCAUAAGCAUUGUUGAAAUGCUUAAGACUGCUUCUGGUAAUUUUGUAAUAUUACCAAUUUUGAAAUCUAAAUGCCAGUUUUCUACAAAUAGUAAAAACACAACGACGUUCACUGUGCUGCCAAGUGUCUGUCAUGGGGCGGGGUGGGGGGUGUGCAGUGCAGUGAGGUAUAUGGACUGUGGGAAAGUUGGAAAUGCCCAAGGGCAGUGUUUCUAGGUAGGCUUCCCAGGCCUCUAUAAAAUGUUUAGAUUUUUAAAUUCUUAAUAAAACUCAAGACUAUCUGUGUGCUGCCAA